AUGUCUGUGGAUACCCCGACUGAGAAGAAGUGCGAUGAGUGGUGGGGCGACGAGUCCUGGCACUCAGCCUGGGAUGCACACGGCUGGGAUUCAUGGUACCGCCGCACCCCAUCGUCCUGGGACGGUUGGGGUUGGGGUAGCGGCUCUUGGAGUGCAGGUGACUGGCAGGCCUCAUCUGUGCAAUGGGGCCGCCGGGGCGCUGUGGAGGAGAUUAAGGCAGAAGAAGAGAGCCAGCCAGAUCUGGAAACACUGCUCGAGAGAGCCUACGAAUCUUAUGGCGAGAGCGACAGUGGAUCGGAGAAGGAAAAAGGCUCUAGAUCUUUGAGGAGCCUGGAUUCCGCCACCACCUUGGCACUGGGCAGUCUCAGCAGAGAGAGCUUGGAGGAACCGCCCAUUGAGAAGGGCAUCGAGACUGAAGAGUACAUCGCGAAGACGGUUCAGGAAGACACGCCGAGCCAGCGGCCAGAAGACGAGCCGAGCACUGGGGUUCCAGAAGACAAGCCGAGCACUGGGGUUCCAGAAGACAAGCCAAGCACGGGGGUUCCAGAAGACAAGCCCAGCACGGGGGUUCCAGAACACAAGCCGAGCACGGGGGCUCCAGAACACAAGCCGAGCACGGUUCCAGAAGACAAGCCAAGCACGGGGGUUCCAGAAGACAAGCCAAGCACGGGUGUUCCGGAAGACAAGCCAAGCACGGGUGUUCCGGAAGACAAGCCAAGCACGGUUCCGGAAGACAAGCCAAGCACGGUUCCACAAGACAAGCCAAGCACGGUUCCAGAAGACAAGCCAAGCACGGUUUCAGAAGACAAGCCAGGCACGGAGGUUCCAGAAGACAAGCCGAGCACGAAGCUUCCGGAACAGAAGCCGAGCACGAGUGUUCCACAAGACAAGCAGCAGAGUGGUGCAGACACGGCAGCUGGUGGCCAAGCACCCCCGCCAGUGCAGGAGGCGAACCAGCUGGUGCCGAACACCGACGACUCGUGGAGGAGGGACAAGUACGGUGUUAUCCUAUCCCCGCCUGCAUUGUACGCCAGAUUCUAUCGGUCGGGUCGGAUGGCUAUGCUGGAGGAAAUCUACGUUUGGAAGACCCUGAAGUUUCUGAGGGCGGAACUGGGCGACAGUUUGGCCAACGACUUGUACUCCCGUCACCUCGAGAUCGACCCCCGCAUGACCGGCAAGCUGUUGCAGAAGCACCCGAACUUUCCGAAGGAAAUGACCUUGCUAAAGAGCUUCGACACGAUCAAGGACAUCUCCCAGAAAACCUUUGAGAAUUCCGCCGAGUUCCAGAUGGAGGCAGAGAAUGUGGAUGAAGAAGACAUGCAUGAUGCAAUGUGGCUUGCGCCUACAGAUGGCAAUGUGCCACCGCCGAACCCCAAACCCCGCGAGCCGAAGAAGGCAAAGAAGGAGAAGACUUGGAGGGACAAAGCCCAGGAUGCCACUUGA